GCCACGAUGGAAUACAAUGAACAGAAACAGAAUCUCCUAGAGGCCGAGGAAGAGCUGCUUCUGCUCAAGGCUCGCCUUAACCAUGCUCGAACUCAGUACACAAGAUUACAACGAACCAACCUCUUGAACACCGCCUUUCCUAUCUGGUAUGAUGGCCAUAUCGGUGUUAUUAAUGGUCUCCACCUGGGCCGACUUAGCAACAAUCCGGUAGGAAAUUAG